AUGGGUAACCUGUAUUCUUUGGUCAAGAGAAAGACUACUACUGGGCCAAAUGUAUGUUCAGAACAAGAACUGGCCAUGGUGGCGCAUCAGCAGCCAUGCGUCCAAGCCUUCACCCGUUUUGUAAAAACAUGGAAACAGGAUUGUGGAGCCCAGAGGUGGUGCGCAAGCUACGAGAGAAGGACACACUACUAUACCAUCUAUAAGCAAGUGUACAGCAUGGAACAUCACAUCAUCUUUAAGUGUUGUCCUGGCUGGGGCAGGAAAAAGGAUGAUGAAGCUGGAUGCCUGCAUGGUAAGUGUUGGGUUGGAACAUGCUUCUUUAGAUCAAGAUGCUCGGGCUCCCAAAGCCAACUUAUGGCAACUCCGUAGGGGUUUCAAGGCAAGAGAAUAAAGUAUGAUGUAAACGAAUGUGCUGUUGAGAACGGAGGCUGCCAGGAGGUGUGCUGCAAUACAUUUGGUAGCUUCUAUUGCAAAUGCCCAGUAGGCCAAAAACUGGGAGAAGAUGAGAAAUCCUGUGAAGGACUGUGUAGAGCCUCUGAUAUCGACGAAUGUGCAGUUAGAAAUGGAGGCUGCCAGCAGAGUUGUAUUAACACUGUGGGAUUCUAUCACUGUGAUUGUGAUACAGGCUAUCGACUUCAUACCGAUGGAUGCACCUGCAUAAGCAUUGACCCCUGUGCAAAUGGAAAUGGAGGUUGCUUACACAUCUGCCAAAAUGAAGGCGGACUUGCAAAGUGUGAAUGCUACUCCGGACAUCGCCUUUCUGCAAAUGGGCGGUCUUGUGCAGAUGUUGAUGAAUGUGCCGAGGGGACAGCCAGGUGUACUCAUCACUGUGUGAACACUCUGGGGUCUUUUGCCUGCGCUUGCAAUCCUGGUUUUGAGCUCGGGGCGAAUGGAAGGCAAUGUUACCGCAUUGAAAUGGAAAUCGUCAAUAGCUGUGAAGACAACAAUGGCGGUUGUACUCAUCACUGUGAACACUCAACCAAAGGACCUCUGUGUUCUUGUAACCAAGGAUAUGUCUUGGAUUUGGAUGGGAAGACAUGCACAGACUUGGAUGAAUGCGAGGCAGAAGAUUCCUGCUGUUCACAGUUCUGCGUCAACUACAUUGGAGGUUAUGAAUGCAGCUGCAAAGCAGGUUUCCGCCUUAACCCUGAUGGCUGCAGGUGUGUUGAUGUGGACGAAUGCCUCGCUGACACCCAUGGUUGUGACCAACGCUGCAUUAACUCCUUGGGUUCCUACGAAUGUGUGUGCGAGGAAGGGUACCGGCUGGGCGUCAACAGACAGUCUUGCAGCUCACUAGAUGACGAGGAGCUAGAAGAGGAAGAGCUGGAAGAGGUCAGGAGUCCUUACCUUCGCUUCAGAAGGCCACCUCAGAUCCUUCAUUUCAGUAUGUCCUUCGAUUCCUUCUAUGAGGAUCAGGAACAAGAUGUUCGUGGAGAGCUUGCUCUUGAGCACUCAACUGUUUGCAUGGAUGGCACAUUUGGCAGGGACUGCAGUUUAAGCUGUUUGGAUUGUAUGAACAGAGGGAGAUGCAACAGUGAAAACAGCAGCUGUGACUGCCCACCUGGCUGGACUGGAAUUAUCUGUAAUGAAACCUGCUCUGCAGGAACCUACGGCAAAGAUUGUAGCAGCCUCUGCAAGUGUCAGAAUGGAGGUUCCUGCGACCCUGCAACAGGGGAAUGUCGCUGCCCACCAGGAAUGAAUGGAAAGUUUUGCGAAGAUGGUUGCCCCAAAGGACUUUUUGGGAAGCACUGCAACAAGAAAUGCCAUUGCGCUCACAGCAGCCAUUGCCACAGACUGUAUGGAGCCUGUUUAUGUGAUCCUGGGUUAUACGGUCGCUUCUGCCACCUAACUUGUCCCAAAUGGGUCUUUGGACCAGGAUGCUCAGAAGAAUGCCGGUGCUUAAAACAGAACGCUUUGGGUUGCAAUCCCAGGAAUGGCUCUUGCAUCUGUAAACCAGGUUACGAGGGAAGCAAGUGUCAAAAAGCAUGUCCUGCUGGUUACCAUGGAAAAAACUGCUCGCUGCAAUGCAGCUGCAGUAGCGAUGCUCCGUGUGACCCCAUCAGAGGUGAAUGUGUGUGUCCACUGGGCUGGAUUGGCCCUGACUGCAAGCAACGUUGCCCCGGGGGGACGUUUGGCCCAAGCUGUAAUUCUAGCUGUCAGUGCCAGAACGGAGCUGCCUGUGACCCCGCGAGUGGAGCCUGCGAUUGUGCAGCCGGCUGGAUGGGAACCUUCUGUGAGAAAGCUUGUCCAGAUGGCUUUUUCGGGCUCGAGUGUCGCCAGAUGUGUGACUGCGAGAACGCCGCUGCCUGCGAUCACGUCAUGGGAAUGUGCAAUUGCCUCCCCGGCUGGGCGGGACCCAAGUGUGACCAACCCUGUCAGGGUAACUGUUAUGGACAAGGCUGCGUUGGGUUUUGUAAUUGUCAGAAUGGAGCAGUCUGCGAUCGCACAACUGGAGUGUGCGUUUGCGCGAAGGGGUGGAGAGGACCACUCUAAAAUUGUAUGUUGAUUGGUGAGUGUGAAACUGGAAAAUACGGAGAGCAGUGUCAGCAGAACUGCAGCUGCAGCAACGGUGGAAUUUGUGACCAUCGCUCAGGGAAAUGCUCUUGUCGUCCAGGGUGGCUUGGAGACCAUUGCAAUACUGCUUGUCUGCCAGGCACAUACGGGGAGAACUGUAACCAAGUGUGUCAGUGUUCUGGCAAGAAUGAAGAGUGCCACCAUGUCACGGGGCGGUGCGGCUGCUUGCCAGGUUACUACGGAAUCCGCUGUGGCCUCAGAUGUCCAGAAGGUACCUAUGGUCCGUACUGUAGGAGAGCAUGCAUAUGCCUGAAUGGAGGGCAUUGUGAUCCUAUGACAGGAGCUUGCAGUUGUCCUCCUGGCUUCAUUGGAGCUGACUGUGGUAAAACUUGUCCAGAGCAUCACUAUGGGAAGGAUUGCACCUCUUUCUGCUCCUGUGCUAAGGGACAUUGUGACCCCGUGUCUGGCAAGUGCUAUUGUCCUCCUGGCCGAAUUGGACCAAGUUGCCUUCAAGUGUGUCCCCAGGGACGAUAUGGCCCCUACUGUCAGCUAAAAUGUCUGUGUAAGAAUGGUGGUGUCUGUGAUCCUGUGAACGGGACAUGUACCUGUGGACUUGGCUGGACAGGAAAAUAUUGUGAGAAAGAAUGUACUCCUGGAAAAUACGGUUCUGGUUGUCAGCUAGAUUGCUCUUGCCAGAAUAAUGGAACCUGUGACAGGUUUACUGGCUGUUGUCAUUGCCCAGAAGGUUAUUAUGGACAUUCCUGUGAACAUACCUGCCCUUCUGGAUUUUAUGGGCUCAAAUGCCUAUAUCCAUGCCACUGCAAAAAUGGAGGGAUUUGUCUUCCAACCACUGGGCAGUGCCUUUGCCUUCCUGGCUUCCAAGGUGUACAGUGUGAAAAAGGUUGUACCAUUGGGUGGUUUGGGGAUAAAUGUCAACACCGGUGUGACUGUGAAGGAUCAGCUCGGUGUGAUCCAGUGACUGGGAAAUGUCUUUGCCUACCUGGCAGGACUGGGGACAGAUGUGAAAUUGAAUGCAGGCCAAACAGAUUUGGCCCCAACUGUUCUCAGCAAUGUGAGUGUGCCAAUAAAUCCCAAUGUGAUAUUCGCAAUGGGAGAUGCACUUGUCUCCACAGGUGGAUGGGACCAACUUGCGAAGAAGGUGGCCCUCCAAAGCUUCCUUUUUAUGAAGAACAAACUCAGGGAUGAGGGAAUGCUUUUUCAAGAUUGCAACAACAGGAACACUUGGACUAAUGAAUGAACUGUUUUAUAUGCACAGACGGUAUUUAACUUUGGGAAUGAGAGCUGCUAUUCAUUUCAGCUUGAACUGUACUGAAAAAUUCACACUUCUUCUCGCAAGGCUACAGUAUCCGUUAAGUAGCUGGAUCCCACUUAAAACUUUUAAAUUCUGUUCCGUUUGUUUAUUCUUGAUCUCCUGCUUCCUUCUGAUUAAUCCAUUCUCGGUAUCCUUUCCAAGUGUCAGUGCCAUAUUAC